AAUAGCAACCUGUUCUUGGCUGAUUCGCUGCUCGACUGACAAUUCACUCGAUUGACACUUGGCUCGUCUGACAAUCGGAAUCGAAAUCAAAAGGUUGCACGGUGUUAUACAUGUUUAUCAUUAAAUUCACAUAUUCGUAUAAAACACACAUUAUUAAUUCGGGCUUCUUAGAUUACUUUUAUGAUCUGUUUGACUACGAUGACGAAAGUAGCGAAGAGACGAAAGGCGGUGGCGUUAAUGAAAACUGCAAAUUUAACUGCACAGUGGAAAUUACAGUCAUCAAUUGUGAUAACAGUACGUCAAAAAGUGAGACAUCAAUUAAGACAACGACGACGACGCCUACAACCGCAACUACGACUGUAGACCAAUUCACGACAAAAGUUGCAUCAUCAACUAAUAUUGAUGUAACAACGACACAAAUGAACAAAAUUCUAGAUAGCUCAACGAGUGGUGGCAUGAUUUCAAGUGAAUCUACUCAAGCUACGUCGACAUCGCAAACAGGUGAUAAUUCUACUGCAGUCACUGAUUCAUCAUCUACGGAAUCAUCUACCGAGGCAUCUUCAGAAGCGAGUUCUGAAACUACUCCGACAUAAGUUUUAAUUAUUACUCUUUCGAUUGAAUAAUGUACGUCAAUAAAUUCCUGCAA